AUGCCUGGGAUUAUCGCUCUCUUGGAGGAUCUGAACCUGCUAAUUAACGGUGACCCCCAGGUGAUUCCUUCUAUGGGAAAGCACAUCUCUGUUCAGGAAGCCGGAAACCAAACUAAGGUUUUUGGAUACUAUAGGUUUCCACCUCUCAAUCAAAGGUCUGAUUUUGAGAAAUAUGCUCUUUGCUCCCCGGGUCUGCAGUAUGCCUUCGAAGCAGACAAGUGUCUGAACAAGUCAUUUGCUGAUAGCUAUCAUAACUUCGACUUUCCCACCACUCAUGCUAACGACAAUCUUCGCCCUAUAGCCAACUUUUUGCACAUGAAUAAUUCCAUGGCUUGGUUUCAUCAAGUCAAGGCUGUUGCUGCAACCGUAGCGAAAUACUUCACUGGGUCAGGGACUCUGGCCGACUGCGCCCCCCAUGGAGUAACUGCCAACCAGUAUGUCUGUGUUAUGCAGCCCCCUGCUACCAAGAAGAUCACUCCUCGCCACUCAGCUGAUAAGAGAGCCCUUUUUCCCUUUGCUCUCCGCCUCACCACCAGUCACCAACCCAAAUCCACACACUGA